AUUAUGGGUUGGACAUGUGCGAUGCCUCAGCUGCUCAUCUGUUGAUGGUUUUCCCCUUGAAUUCGAGUAAUCAAUUCGCUCAUCUCAUCUGGAAUGGCAGUCCUGGAUCGAUCCUGCUGUUGUUUUAUCCAUUUAUUAUGCUUCUCAGCUGCAGAAUCUUCUCAGAAACCCUUCAUUUAGUACUAAGAAUUCAGUACUAGAAGGGACACCGCCGGCCUUGUAGCCUAAAAUGGCAUGACGCCAAGAGCCCGUAAACUAGUCACGUUAUCUAUGCAACUUUCCUUCCUUGCAUAGACCACGCACAUGAGCUGUGCAACAACGGAGUCCAGAGGCGUCGGUGAUGUAGCGAUCAAGCCCUCACAUGCUACCUCAUAAGGCGCCGGCGCAGGGCUGCCCCGCCCACCGGCGGGGGGUCACUGUCGCGUCCGCCAGCCUGGGACUCCUCGGCUCGCCACGUGUCCGGGACGACCAUAGGUGCCGAGCUGGCGAGCGGCCGACGGGGCCCCGCGUGUCGGGCGAUGUCCGGAUCCCGACGCGACCGCGCGGCCUGCGGUGUCGCGCCGUGGACCUACACGCCCUGACGCGGCUCGUCCGUCCGUUCCGGUGGACCCUCGCCCAUCUAAUGCAGCAGUUCGCCUAUAAAAUGCUUGCCCCCCGCCGUGGCCACAGCGCCCUCCAUCCCUUGUGUUGAGCUCCCAAUCUUCCUUAUCCUCCUCUUGUGCUGCUUGAUCAUCCACCACUCCUGCUUCCAAAUCCAUCCACGGUGCUGUAAACGAAGGGUGAAAAUGGCCGUGGAGACUGUUGUUCCCGCUAAGGCGAACCCCGCCAAGCUCGGGCCGGCGGCCAACGAGAAGGACGCUGAGAAGCUGCGGUUCAUAGAGGAGAUGACCACGAACGCUGACGCGGUGCAGGAGAAAGUGCUGGCGGAGAUAUUGAAGCGCAACGCCGAGACGGAGUACCUCCGGAGGUACGGGCUCGGCGGCGUCACCGACCGUGCCACCUUUAAGGCCAAGGUCCCCGUGGUCACCUACGAGGACCUGCAGCCGGAGAUCCAGAGGAUCGCUAAUGGCGACCGCUCUGCCAUCCUCUCCGCCCAUCCCAUCUCGGAGUUCCUCACCAGCUCCGGGACGUCGGCGGGGGAGAGGAAGCUGAUGCCCACCAUCAAAGAAGAGCUCGAUCGCAGGCAGCUCCUUUACAGCCUUCUUAUGCCUGUAAUGAACCUUUACGUGCCUGGACUGGACAAGGGGAAGGGGCUCUACUUCCUUUUCGUGAAGUCGGAGACAAAGACGCCCGGCGGGCUGACGGCGCGGCCGGUGCUGACGAGCUACUACAAGAGUGAGCAUUUCAAGAGCCGUCCCUACGACCCGUACAAUGUCUACACCAGCCCCACGGCAGCCAUCCUCUGCGCCGACGCGUUCCAGAGCAUGUACGCGCAGAUGCUCUGCGGUCUCCUCCAGCGCCACGACGUACUACGGGUGGGCGCCGUCUUUGCCUCCGGCCUCCUCCGCGCCAUCCGCUUCCUCCAGCUCCACUGGCAGGAGCUCUCUCAGGACAUCGCGGUCGGGGCGCUCACCGUCAAGAUCACCGACCCCUCCGUCCGCGCCGCGGUCUCCGAGCUUCUGAAACCGGACCCGGAGCUUGCCCGGUUGAUCGCGGUCGAGUGCUCCAAGGGUGACUGGGCGGGAAUCAUCACACGUAUCUGGCCCAACACCAAGUACCUGGACGUGAUCGUGACGGGUGCCAUGGCGCAGUACAUCCCCACCCUGGAAUACUAUAGCGGAGGCCUUCCCAUGGCGUGCACCAUGUACGCGUCCUCGGAGUGCUACUUCGGGCUCAAUCUUAAACCCAUGUGCGAUCCCGCCGAGGUCUCCUAUACCAUCAUGCCUAACAUGGCCUACUUCGAGUUCCUCCCGCACGGCGACUGCGGAGACGGCCAAAGCCACCGCCCCGGGAGGGACAAGGCCCAGCUGGUGGACCUGGCGGACGUGGAGGUGGGGAAGGAGUACGAGCUGGUGAUCACCACCUACGCCGGGCUUAACCGGUAUCGCGUGGGAGACAUCCUGCGGGUGAACGGGUUCUACAACGCGGCACCGCAGUUCCGGUUCGUCCGCCGGAAGAACGUGCUACUGAGCAUCGAGUCAGACAAGACCGACGAAUCGGAGCUGCAAAAGGCGGUCGAAAGCGCGUCGGCGCUGCUCCGGCCGUAUUCCGCUAGCGUGGUGGAGUACACGAGCCACGCGGACACGAAAGCCAUCCCGGGGCACUACGUCAUCUACUGGGAGCUGCUGGCCAAGGACAAGUCGGCCUCGGCGGCAGAGGCCGUGGGUGCGCUGGCUCGGGACGGGGUGAUGGAGCGGUGCUGCCUAGCGAUGGAGGAGGCUCUGAACUCGGUGUACCGGCAAAGCCGGGUGGCGGACGGCUCCAUCGGACCGCUGGAGAUACGGGUGGUCCGUGGGGGCACGUUCGAGGAGCUGAUGGACUACGCCAUAUCGAGGGGGGCGUCCAUCAACCAGUACAAGGUGCCGCGCUGCGUCAGCUUCCCGCCCAUCCUGGAGCUACUCGACUCCCGCGUCGUCUCCGCCCACUUCAGCCCCGCCCUCCCCAGGUGGUCUCCGCACCGCUCUGGGAACUGAGGAAGACCGGCACCCGCCGACCGGGCGGCCGUGUCGGAACGCGGACGCCCAUUUCUCCCUAAAAACCAAAAAUAGAUAUUUGACCUUCCCUUAGUCUCGCUAUGUUGAGUAACAGUAGAAUCUUUGGGCUAAUUUAACUCAGCCGAGAUGAUUUUAGACCUGUGAUUAUAUGUUUAGAACCGUCCAAUGACGACUUCAUGUAACGAGCUUAGCUUUGUUUGGAAUCAAUUCUUGUUUCCUUCAA